AUGCUCGGAACAGGAUAUCAAAGUAAGAGUUUUAGUGCACAGAUGCUGCGAGCACUUAAUCUUUAUGAUGCUUUGAUUCUCACAUACUCACCAUUCUCCCUGCUUUUACAUUCCUAUAAUCAGUAUGUGGAGGGAUCUGCAUACAAUAGCAUAUAUCGGGCAUACAAAUUGGAUGUCCUAACGUCGGGUUUCAUACAUCGGCACUUCUUCGCUGCAAUGCACGAGAUUGUGGGCUCGAACCACGCUGACAAUGAUCGUUUGUAUCAACUGACGCGGAUUAUGAAGAUGUAUCCAGACACUACCAACUCCCGCCAGAGUCUAAGUAUAGGUUCUACUACAAUGCUAUCUGGUAGAAAGGAAGAAGAAAAGGAGGAAGAGGAAGAGACAGAAGAAGAGAUAGAGGAAGAAACAGAAGAAGAGAUAGAGGAAGAGACAGAAGAAGAGACAGAGGAAGAGACAGAGGAAGAGACAGAAGAAGAGACAGAGAAGGAGACAGAGGAGGAGACAGAGGAGGAGACAGAGAAGGAGACAGAAGAAGAGACAGAAGAAGAGGGAGAGGAAGAGGAGAAAGAAGAGGCAGAGGAAGGGGAAGAGGAGAAAGAAGAGGCAGAGGAAGGGGAAGAGGAGGAAGAGGAAGUCAAUAGUGGCGAAGAAGGGUAUGAUGAUGGUGAUGAUGGCACCCGCGAUGAUGAACGUGGUUCUAAUGAUGGUAUUAGAGGGGUUCCCAUACCAGCAGAUCAAUCCAAGAAAAGGUCCUCUUUCAAUAAGGUGCCUUUCGCAUCGUCACAAUCAUUACCUAAAGUCCCUGUCAAGCGAAGACAUGUCGAGGAGGAUAAGGGAAGGGAGAUUGAAAUAGAGCAUGAGAACAAUGAUACGAGGAAAACGCAGAAACGCCUAAAAUCAGCAUCGCUUUUCCAAAUCAAGGCCAAGAUCCGCCUGACAUCCGAUGCAGAAGCACGGUUACCUAAGUCUGCUUGGGAAAUCAUGCUAGCAGGUUCAACACCCAUCCUCGCAGUCUCAAGUGUAAGCCAUGAAGAAAACCAGAAGAAGAAGAAGGAAGAGAAGGAGGAUGGAGAUGAGAAUGAAGAUAAGAAGAGUGGAAUUGAAGAGAAUGAAGAGGUAGUAUUUUUUGGAUAG